AUGUCAAAGAACAUAUGUGCAGAUGGCACAAAGUUGUCAAUUAAAGUUACCUCACCGGAUACAGUGAAGCAUUUGCACUUGAAUCAGAAGUGUUUUAAAGUUCAUCAUGCAAAUAGUACAUAUCAAUGUUGUGGCAAAAUACCUGAUGAUUUAUUCGAGGCAGAGGAAAAUCCAAUUGCAAUCAAAUCAGAGUACGAAGAGGUCGAUAAGCAGCAUCAGCUACAAAUAACGAAUGGUCUUCCUUUGGACUCGAUCUGUCAAGAUCAAAAAGAUUAUCCUGUGACCGUGGCAGAUAAUACAAGGGCUGAUGAUUCAGCAGCAGAAUCUACUCAAAACGUCUUAAGUCCCGGAACCCGGAAAGUCCAUAGUAAGAGCCAUUCCAAAAACCACGAGCACCGCUGCCCUCAUUGUUCCGCAACAUAUCCAUUUUUAAGCAGGCUGAAGGUACACAUCCGCGCUCACACCGGCGAAAGGCCAUACAAGUGUAAAGUCUGUGAGAAAGACUUCUGUUCAUCAAGCAAUCUGGCAGAACAUUUGAGAAUUCACAAUAAGGAUCAACAAUAUCAGUGUCCUCAUUGUUCAUUAACGUUCGCACAGUCAUCUAAGCUAAAGAUUCAUAUCCGCACUCACACUGGCGAAAGGCCAUACCAGUGUAAAGUAUGUGACAAAGCCUUCUGUUCAUCAGGAAACCUGUCAGUACAUUCGAAAAUUCACCAUAAGAAUCAACAGCAUCAGUGUCCUUAUUGCUCUUUAAAGUUUCCAUGGUUAUCUAGUCUAAAGUAUCACAUUCGCACUCAUACCGGCGAAAGGCCUUAUGUGUGUAAGGUCUGUGGCGAAGCCUUCCAUUCAUCACAAGUACUAGGACAACACUCGAAAAUUCACAAUAAGGACCAUCAGUGUCCUCAUUGCUCUUUAAAGUUUCCACGGUUAUAUCAACUAGAGAAUCACAUCCUUAUUCAUGCUGGCGAAAAGCCAUACCAGUGCAAAGUAUGUGACAAAGCAUUCAAGACAUCAAACAAGCUGGCAGAACAUUCGAAAAUUCAUAAGAAGGAUGAACCUCAUUAA